AUGCUGGACAGUAAAAAUUCUGAAAAUACAGAGCAAUAUUUCGUGAGCAGUUUUUGGUUGAAGGCUAGUGUUACGUCCAAGCUCCGAUUCCGGGAGAAGCUGCGGAAGAGCGCAACGAACUCUGCCCGAGAUUCGGUCACGCUCGAUCCCCAAACUUCGGAAGGGGCAACGGAGGAGCGUCACCGAAUUCGGGCUCUCGCAGGGGAGUGCAGGUCGGACGGCGUUCAUGCGAACGAAAAAGGGGAAGGAGAUCCCAGGGAGGUACAUGAUGAUUUCAUGUUCCGGGAAGAGGUCUGCGGGAUGGAAGGAGGUGGAAGAAAAAUCAGGAAGGGGAGGAAACAUCUGCCCAGGGAAGGAGGUGGUGACGGGGGGAGGAAGAGAAGUCUGUGGGGGGAAGGAGGUGGUGAAGGGAGGAAGAGAAGUCUGUGGGGGGAAGGAGGUGGUGACGGGAGGAGGAAAAGUCUGUGGGGUGAAGGUGGUGGUGAAGGGAGGAAGAUAAGUCUGUGGGGGGAAGGAGGUGGUGACGGGAGGAGGAAGAGUUUGUUCGGGGAAAGAGGAGGUGGUGACGGGAGGAGGAAAAGUUUGUUCGAGGAAAGAGGAGGUGGUGACGGGAGGAGGAAGAGUUUGUUCGGGGAAAGAGGAGGUGGUAACGGGAGGAGGAAGAGUUUGUUCGGGAAAAGAGAAGGUGGUAACGGGAGGAAGAAGAGUUUGUUCUGGGAAAGAAGAGGUGGUGACGGGAGGAAGAAAGGUCUGUUCGUCGAAGGAGGUGGCGACGGGGGAAGAGGCGUCAGCGUAAUAUCUACGGGUAGAGGCGUCGGCGUAAUAUCUACGGGUAGAGGCGUCGGCGUAAUAUCUACGGGUAGAGGCGUCGGCGUAAUAUCUACGGGUAGAGGCGUCGGCGUAAUAUCUACGGGUAGAGGCGUCGGCGUAAUAUCUACGGGUAGAGGCGUCGGCGGAAUAUCUACGGGUGGAGGCGUCAGCGUAAUAUCUACGGGGAGAGGCGAUUGA